AUGGCAGGCCGAAUAUUGCCACUCGCUCUAGCGGUAGUUGCGGGAGUCUCAAUUAGUGUUGCUACGUUUGGAGAGGAGUUGAAGGAGCAAAGGCGGAAGAGGCUUCAAGAGGAAUAUGAACGCGAAGUCGCCGCUCAUGCUGCUUUGACCGGCCAAAGUCGUACACCUAUACCGUCGACCACAAUUCCGCCUCCAUCGCCUCAUCAAAUACCCGUGCAGCAAGAAGUAGUGAAAGAAGACGCAAAAGCUUCAUCUUCAGAAGCAACGUCUUCGUGGUCGUCGAUGAUUGGGCUGUGGGCCUGGAAGGAGGGCGCGAAGGAAAAUGCGGCACCAGAAGGACAUCAGACAUCAGCUCCAGCACAGAGCCCCGCAGAGGCGAAGCCAGGCAAGCCCUGA